CCUCUGAAACAACUACUUGGCAGAACAAAUUAUGACAUCGACAUCUAAAGGAAUUUUCCGGCCAUUUUUUAUUAUCUUCAUCAUCCUUGGUUGUUUCAUGGCAUUUAUACUAAUUUAUAUCAAACCAACAAAUAGCUGGAUCUCUGGUCCUAUAGAAUCAGCCAGUUCAGUUUUGAAAAUGAAGAGCUUCUUUUCUUCCAAAACUGAUAAUCUUAAUGAAACUACUAUUUUGAUCUGGGUUUGGCCAUUUGGCCAGACGUUUGAUCUAACAUCCUGCCAAACAAUGUUCAACAUCCACGGGUGCCAUCUGACUAUUGACCGCUCACUAUAUAACAGAUCCCAUGCUGUUCUCAUCCAUCACAGGGACAUUAGCUGGGAUCUGACUAAUUUACCUCAGCAAGCCAGGCCACCAUUCCAGAAGUGGAUUUGGAUGAACUUGGAAUCUCCAACUCAUACUCCACAAAAAAGUGGGAUUGAACACCUCUUUAACCUGACUCUGACUUAUCGGCGUGAUUCAGAUAUUCAGGUGCCUUAUGGCUUCAUGAUGGUGGGGACAAGUUCCUUUACAUUUGAAGUACCAAGCAAGGAAAACUUGGUCUGUUGGGUUGUGAGUAACUGGAACCCUGAGCACGCUCGAGUCAAGUAUUACAAUGAGCUUAGCAAAUACAUUGAAAUCCAUACCUACGGACAAGCCUUUGGAGACUACGUCAAUGAUAAAAACUUGAUUCCAACUAUCUCCACUUGCAAAUUCUACCUUUCCUUUGAAAAUUCAAUCCACAAAGAUUACAUUACUGAGAAACUUUACAAUGCUCUUCUGGCCGGAUCAGUACCAGUUGUACUGGGCCCUUCCAGAGAAAACUAUGAGAAUUACAUUCCAGCAGACUCUUUCAUACAUGUGGAAGAUUUUCUCUCCCCCAGAGAGCUGGCAGAGUAUCUUCUGAUGCUUGACAAAAAUAACAAGAUGUACCUUAGUUAUUUCAACUGGAAGAAGGAUUUCUCAGUGCAUCUUCCUAGAUUCUGGGAAUCACACGCAUGUCUUGCUUGUGAUCAUGUGAAAAGACAUCAGGAAUACAAGUCUAUUGGAAAUUUAGAAAGAUGGUUUUGGAAUUAGUUUGUGUAUGUUUGUGUGUAUGUGCACUUUUUUGAAGAAGCCAGAAGAAAAUUCAGUCCAAGUGGAGAGGAAAGGAAAAGGAAAAACAAAGAAGGAAAAGAGAACAUUAUGUAAUCGUUUGCCAACUGUCCUCUCUUGGCUAUUCUAUUUAUAUUUUGUAAGAGUUUUUAAAAUAUCAUAAUCAGCAAUCAUCAAUAUUAAUUUUUAAAUUAUAAUGUACAUACUAAU